AUGAAUAUUCGAGAUAGUAGUGAUUUUUCUAGUACACUAUCUAGUUUAAAUAAUGGUAGUACUCAAAGUGUAAGUAAUUCACGAGUACUAAUCAAUCAGAAAUCAUUGGAUUCUGAUCUAGGCUUGAGUAUUUCAUCGAACAUUGAUGGUCGUAAAAUUUUCAACUCUCAUUUAUCUGGUUUUAAAUUUGAUAAAAGAUUCAGUAGAAAUUCCCUUGAUUUUAAUCCGUGCAAUAUUAUGUCAAACGAAAAAGAAAUAAUUUCUAACAUUGGAGUAGAACAAUUACAUGAUAAUCAAUUAGCACUAAGUCAGAGUUCACUUAAACCAAUUAAACAUUGGCAUACCAUUCGAGGCACGUUUUAG